AUGUCAACCUUUAUGCAAUCAGAAGAAGAGCGUACAAAUGAAAGUGAAGCGGAAACCGUUGUUGAUCUGAGUCUGGCUGAUGUGCUCGAAGACGAGAAGGUCAAAGAGAAGUAUCAUUCACAAUGGAAUUUGUGGCGGUCACAGUACAGAGAAUUUUUUGCCGAGUUCUUCGCAACGCUAUUAAUGGUACUGUUGGGAAAUGCUACCGUUGCUGCUGACGUGUUUUCCGACAAUAAACUUAGGUUGUUUCCCAGUCUUGGUUAUGGGCUAGCUGUUACAAUGGCAAUCUACGUUGCUGGGGAUAUUUCGGGAGCACACUUAAAUCCUGCAAUGACAUUUUGUCUCUAUUUAUUUCGAAACUUCCCUCUACGGAAAGUCCCUAUGUUUACUCUGGCGCAAGUCCUUGGUUCUUUCUGUGCUGCAGCUAUUUUAUAUGUCAACAUAUCCCCUGAUCUAGACCAACUGGAUGGCGGUGUUCGACAAGUCUUAGGACAGAAUGAGACCUUAAGGAUCUUUGCCACCGCACCAGGAACGAGUGUUGAUACUUUACGAGCAAUUGGCACGGAGACUGCAUGCAGUGCUAUCUUACUGUUUAUAAACUUUGCUAUAUUGGAUCGCUUAGAUGUCUCCAUCAGAGCUUUACAGCCAAUGUUAGUUGGCAUAUUGGUCAUGCUCAUCUCGUUAGGCAUGGGCGUAAAUACAGGACCAUCGAUGAACCCAGCCAGAGACUUCGGUCCACGAUUAUUCACCGCCUUUGCUGGCUGGGGGCUACAGGUCUUUACGUCAAACAAUUAUUAUUUUUGGAUACCAAGCAUCAUACCGUUUAUUGGAGGUUUCAUAGGAGCACUUCUUUAUUACCUCUUCUUGGAUGGAAGAUAA